AUGCCAAACAUCAAAAUCUUCAGCGACAGCUCCCACCAGGACUUAUCCCAGACGAUCACUGAGCGCCUGAGCCUAGAGCUCAGCAAGAUGGUAACUAAGAAAUUCAGCAACCAGGAGACCUGCGUGGAAAUCGGUAAGAGUGUGCGCGGAGAGCAUGUCUACAUCGUUCAGAGUAGUUGUGGUGAAAUCAAUGACAGUCUAAUGGAACUUUUGAUCAUGAUCAAUGCUUGCAAGAUCGCUUCAGCCAGCCGGGUGACUGCAGUCAUCCCAUGCUUCCCUUAAGCCCCUUAGGAUAAAAAGGAUAAGAGCCAGGCUCCCAUCUCUGGGAAGCUCAUAGCAAAUAUGCUGUCCAUAGCAGGUGCAGAUCACAUCAUCACCAUGGACCUACAUGCUGCUCAGAUUCAGGGCGUUUUUGACAUCCCAGUAGAUAAUGUGUAUGCAGAGCCAGCUGUCCUAAAGUGGAUAAGGAAGAAGAUCUCUGAAUGGAGGGAUUACACUAUAGUCUCUCCUGAUGCCGUAGGCCAGAGGGUCACUUCCAUCGCAGAUGUGAAUGUGGAAUUCGCUUUGAUUCACAAGGAAAGGAAGAAAGCCAAUGAAGUGGAUCACACGGUUCUUGUGGGCGAUGUGAAGGAUUGGGUGGUUAUUCUUGUGGAUGGCAUGGCUGACACUUGUGGUACAAUCUGCCAUGUGGCUGACAAACUUCUCUCAGCAGGAGCCACCAGAGCUUACACCAUCCUGAUUCACAGAAUCGUCUCUGGCCCAGCCAUUGCUCGCACCAAUGGUGCAAGCUUUGAAGCAGUAGUGGUCACUAAUACCAUACCUCAGGAGGACAAGAUGAAGCACUCCCACAUCCAGGUGAUUGACAUCUCUAUGACUCUUGCAGAAGCCAUCUGGAGAACUCACAACAGAGAAUCUGUUUCCUACCUGUUCAGUCAUGUUCCUUUGUAA